AUGACAAAGCCAAUCAUUGACAAGAGCGAAGACUCGCAUCUUUCGCUCCUAUUGAAAGCGCUAAGCGAAGUUAUUUGUUGCGAAAACUGUAACAUCAAAGUCACAGAGGCCUCGAUGAAAGUAGACAUCGAGCAAGGUCAUUACAAUGUGGCAUCCUGGCCACCAUUCUUCAACACAAACUCCAACCAGGACGACGAUAUCUCUCCAUCAAACGCCGAGCUGAGCGUUCAAGAGGGACUGUGGUGGCCACACAUGUCAGCGGCUCAGAGAGAUGGCUAUUUUGCCAUGGUCGCGGCAAACAUAGACCGGAAGCUUACAGAGGAUCCGAAAGCCGAUGAGGAGUUAGCUGUGCAAUUCGCACAUUACCAAGUUGAUUAUCACAUUCAGCAGCACUACCUAGCCAAUUCCAGUGUUCUGACACUUUGCCGGGACUCGGCUGAUCUACAGGACAUGCGACAGUGGAAAUGGAAGAUGGCAGACCUCGACUCCACUGACCCAACCUUCAAUGCAUCCCAAUACUCAACACAGAAGUGGCUUAUGACAUCAGAUGAAUGGGAGUGGCCAAAUGACGAGAAUUCGUCAAUGAAGCACCAAACUUUUAUUUGGAAAAAGGGGGAACCAGCACGCAAGAGGCGGUUGGCUGAAGUGCGGGCUAAGUGGAUUCUCAUCAUGGCUGAGCGCAAGAGGCAGCGGGCUGUCAAAUUGUUGGCUCUGCGUAGAGCAGCACUGGCUAAGAGAAAGCAGCAAAUGAACAAGAGCGAGACAUAUGUGACUGUGGUUCGAGUUUAUUGUGGUGGCAUGCUACUGAAUGAAAGAGAGUUGUUGCGUAGUGUGUAG